GCGCGCGCAAAAACAGAAUAAAAUGUAUGACGCAGUAUCGGCGGCAUCGACGUCGACAUUACGAAUGACGAAUCGGACGACUCGGAAAAGUUGGACUGCACGGAGCACUGGUCAGGGGUCGGAAUGAUGGGUGGUUCUUCGUCGAUUUAGCUUAGUUUAUCUUCUGGUCGGGUGUGCUCUUUGCGUGCCGAUUCCCCGUUCGAAGCACCAAAGAAUCGUAAAGCCGACAACUGACGCAAGGUUACAUCAUUCGCCUUGAAACUUGCGUGGGCCGUAGCGGGAUGCUACCACGCUCGUGCCGUCGUUCGCUCAUUACAACCUUUUCGUCCGUGGAGCGAGGAGCACGACUGCGACAGCUGCUCCUGCUCCUAAUCCUACAAGAAGUUGAUUUUCUUGCCAAUUCGUGAUAUAUCAGUAUUAAGUGAAGUGUCGUUGCCGAUCGAUUAUGAAGAGUAAACAAGAAAAAAAUAUGUGGGUAUUUGGCUAUGGCUCUUUAAUAUGGAAGGCUGAUUUUCCAUAUGAAAGAAAAGUAAUUGGCUAUAUCAAAGGGUACGUGAGAAGAUUCUAUCAAAAAAGUACCGAUCAUAGAGGCAUUCCAAGUCGCCCAGGAAGAGUAGUUACUCUUCUAGUUUCCAAUAAUGAAGAAGAUGAAGUUUGGGGAUGUGCCUAUGAAAUAGCCAGUGAAAAUAUUGAAAGUGUAACACGACAUCUUGAUUAUCGGGAAACAAAUUACGAGAAAAAAGAUGUUCUUUUCCAUCCAGUCAAUCAUUCACAACUAGUGGAAAAACCAUUUCAUUUGUUUAUUUAUAUAGGACAUAAAUGUAAUCCGAAUUUUGCAGGAUAUGAAGAUAUCGAUACAAUAGCUGGUCAUAUAGCAGAAUGUGCUGGCAAUAGUGGUCAUAACACUGAGUAUUUAUAUAAUCUAGCAGCAGCUAUGCGUACAAUAGCGCCAAAAGUAUAUGACCAUCAUUUAUAUGAAUUAGAAGUAGCGGUAAAACAGAUAGAAUUUUUGAAAAGGAAAAAAGCACUAGAAUUUGAUCAACACAGUCAUAAUAUCCCUGUUAAGUAACAAAAUUGAACAAUAUGUUAUUUACUUGCAGAGAUAUAUUUAAAUUUUACUGAACCAAACAUUUAGCAGUGAAAACAUUAUAACUUUGCUGAUCUUAUCAGUUCAUACUCCAUACUAAGAAAAAUAUAAAAUAUUUCAGUCAAUUGACACUGACUUAUAUUAAUUAAAAAUGUAAAAAAG